AUGGGCGACGGGUCUGACUAUCCUAGCCCCAGAAGUGAAGGUCCCAACGGCGCCCUUGCUGCAUCUAUCCUAGCCUCUACCGCGGAGACUUCACCCCCAAUUCCCAGAAUGAACGAGCCGCAGCCCAUGGCCUACACAAUCGAGGGGGCGCGCCCACGCCUGUCCGUUCGACGCGCUCGCGAUCCCCCCAAGAACCCCGAGGGUCAGAUCUUCUGCGACCAUCCCGAGUGUCAAGCUAAUCCUCCGACUUUCCGCCGUCCGUGCGAAUGGAAUAAACACAUGGAUAAACAUGAUCGCCCUUAUAAAUGCUUUGAGCCAAAUUGCGACAAGAUUCAAGGGUUCACAUACUCCGGCGGUCUUCUCCGUCAUCAGCGCGAAGUCCACAAGAAGAACACCGAUACCAAGAAGGCACUGAUGUGCCCCUACACCGACUGCAACCGCAGCACCGGCAACGGUUUCACGCGUCAAGAGAAUCUUCGCGAGCAUCUUCGCCGUCGACACAUGCAUAAUGACGAAGGUCCCUCUUUGGUCGUGGACAUGCCAUGGGAUCGCACCGAUCUUGAAGUUGAGGGAGUCCGCGCACCCUCCCUUCCCGCGACUGGCAUGAAGCGUCGCCACUCCCCUAACGGAGAUCUUCCCGAGACUGACGAGAAUGGAACCGAGCUGCACCACGAAGUGAAGCGAUUGCGCCGGGAGGUUCAAGAGAAGGACCGUCGCCUCGAGGAGUUGGAGCGAAUUGUUGCAGGCCUUCAACAGGCUAUGCCUCACCAGUCUCCACCCGAGCCUGACCUUCAGGAGCUUGCCCAGCCUGUCCCCCAGCCCACUACUGCUACGCCCGUCUAA